GAUUUGAUGAAAAAUAUAUACUACUUAGCAACUAAGGAUCUAAAUGAGAGUGCUUUAGGUUGUCAGCCUGAAAGCAAAUGGAACAGUCAGUGGGAAUAAGAAAACAGAAUAUGAAAAUUCUUGAAUUAAAUUUCAGUGUUAUGAACUAGAUCUACUUAAGGACUUAAACCUAAAGUGGGAUGGAGGUGCCUAAAUCUAAUACUGUGAUGCUGCAAAACUUUUGACAGACUUUCAGCAUAUGUAAACUCCAAAGGUGCUCCCCAGAUGUUAACAGUCAUUUUGAUCUUUGGGUUGCAGAAGUGUUCCCUUCUCAUCCGGGCUGAGCUGCCCAGCGUGUCACGUGCAUCUGCAGCUCUUUGGGAUACAAAAAUUUAGCAUUUCUUUCCCUAAUUCCCCUCAUAGGCUCAGCCUGGUAGGCAUGCACUAAGAAUACCUCAGACAAAAGGGCUGUGCCUAUCCAGGCAGCUUAGGCCACUCUUGAGCUCCUAAAAGGACUUCCUAGAGCUUGCAUCCCCACAUGGUUUGCAGCAAGUCCAGUGCUUUAUGUCUCACCCUCUGCAGGUUCUGUGCCAGCAGUCAAGAUCAAAGUCUUGGCGCAUCACAUACUUUCACGUGGAUGAAAAAAACAUUCAGGACUCAAAUCAUGAGAGUCAUUUCCUGAAGCCAAAUUAAUUGAAAUGAACCAUUCCACCAAGCCCUGACAUCCUCUCUGCAAUCUUUUUGAUUGACCCAAAUUCCCAACUUUGUUUCCAGAAAUCUGCUGGGGCUUUUUCUCCAUGAGAGAGGAAGAAGAUACCAGGUUCUUGCCUUGCCUGCCAUGAUGGUUAGGAUUUGACUAUGGCAGUGCGGUUCCUGCAGAAGACAUCUGUGUGGUUAAAGAAGCACAAGAUCACUGUGUUGGCCGUUUCUUGCGUGGGACUGUUUGGCACAAACCUUUCCUAUCAUGUGUUUCCUGAGCAGACGUUCAAACUGUUGCACGAGUGCUGGUCAGAGGGGCAGCCAGCUGAGCUUUCAGAGAGGCUCUGUGGUGUGUUUCAGGAUGUCCUUGAAGAUACUGCUGUGAAGUCCACUGACUCCUACAGAGCCUUUGCAGCUUCUGGCUUCCACCCUGUAAGUGCUGGAAUUCCCUGGCUGCCUGCAGGCUCUUUGGUGGGCAUCCCACCUAACUUUGAUAGCACAGAUGAGGAUAAAAAAGGCAUAGUUAACCAUGUUGUUGUGAUCAAUGGCAAGGAAGUAGACUGGGAGAGCAGCGACGGUGUUGCUUUGAGGGAAGCUCUCACGUUUUCACUUCAAGCUCAGAAGUUUGCCAUUGCCAGAGAAGUUGUGUAUUUGCAGAACGGCAGCCCUUUAAAAAGUGCAGUUGUGGCUCCAACUUGCUUAGCUGGUACAUUUCUCUGUACAAGAGGCAUAAAGCUCCUUCUGGGUUUAUCUCAUGGCCCUGUGAUACUUCGCAGCCUCUGUAACAUCGUAACUGCAGCUGGUGGCCUGCUCUGCUAUUGCCUCUCUUGCGAAGCUCUGACCUAUCACCUGGACUGCAAGGCUGACAGAAGGGCAGCCAUGGUUUCCAAAGACUACGCCAGAGGUGGGGUGGAAUUUUAUGAUAAAAUCUUGUCCUGCAACAGGAUUCUUCGUGGUCUGAUGGGCACAGAAGGGAUGAAAAUGUAUGCCCCCAGUGGUAACCUGUUCCCAAGGCACUGGUUCAGAAUAAAGUAUACACCAUACACUUACCGGAGAAAUUUGAUUGUUAAUAUUUUAAGAGAGCUCCCGGCAUAGGAUGGGAAUGCUUGAAUUUUAAACUUGUGAAUUAUGUAUUUUGAAGCAUUGCUGUGCUGCCUCUUUUUUUUUUUUUUUUUACUUCUGUAUCUUCAUUAGAAUUUCAGGGUUUAUUUUUGCAUAUAGUUUGGAAGGAGUUCUUGCACAUUCCCUGAAUAAAGAAUUCUCUUUUAAAAUAUUAAAGAGUUGCUUCAGAAGUGCUCUGUUCUGUGUGCAUCUCAAAUCACAAGACUGCUGAGGAGGGGAACUUCUCAGACAGUGAUAUGGAAGUUCUGCUGUGCUGCACUGCCUUCCUGCCAGUUCAGUCUGAAAAAUGGAGAGGGGCAGGUCCAAUGGAGAGUUUUGGGAGCAUAAUUAUUUAAACUGGGUGUUUGUAUGUGUGUUUGCUCUUCCUCCUAUGGAACAACACAAAGAUGUUUAAAAAAACUGGGCAGCCUAUAUUAUGCAGUUGCAUAAAUACCAAGGCACAAUAUUUCUGUUCUGUGUAAGUUUCUUGUGCCACGUAAAUUCUUAUGCUGCAAUCAUCAAUCCUCAGUAGGACACAAUAGUUAUGAUGUAGCUCAUACCAGUACAGAUUGAUUAUUACCAGCACCUGCACCAUUUGCUUAAAUCUAACUCUGCUCUCUCUGAGACAUGGUGACUGCACUGUGUAUAUCGUGAAUGUUUCCCAGGAGUAGUAGUUUGUAAAAUGACUGUCAAGGGUUGAUUGUUUUCUCACAAGUAAGAUAAGCAUGUUCAGGAGAGGUUUUUCUGCUUGCUUUGGUAUAGGUUUUGUUUAAUUAAGAAAUACACGUAGAUGUAUGUCACCUCUUAUAUCAAAGAAGGUAAGGUACAAGACACAAGUCUGGCAUUUGGUGCAGAAACUGGUGAGGUCUGUGAUGAAGAUUUGCCAAAGGAAAUCAUUCCCCUGUUUCAGACUAGCUUAAGAUUUUGUCUGGCAGACCCAGGCUUUGCCCAGGAUUACUAAUCUUCUCGAAAGGUCUUUGGUGUAUGGGCAGUAAACUUUCCAUUAUAUCCUCACCUUGAAACCUUUAUUAUGUGAUUUUCAAGAUGAUAGUUCUCAAGCUUUGUGGUUCCCUCUUUUCUGUGUUUGUAUUGCAGCUGUUCCAAUAGCCCUCCCAGGUGACAUCAGAGCAGUUCUCCUCACCUCUGUUGUCAUUCCUACCAUAAGCUUCUACUGUUUUGUGUCUUCUCAGUCACAGAUGUGUGGCUCUCUGAGUGUCCUCUCUGCCCUGGCUUUGUCCUUUCUUCAUCUGCUGCAAUAAGAACUGUCACACCUGUGUUUGCUCAAAGCAUUACUGAGUUCUGUUUUCCUUUUGAAUCAUGGGGUGACAUAAAGUUGAUAUUCUGGCUGUUGGAGCACUGGUGUUGCUUACAUUACGUAUAAGAUAUUUGAGUUUCUGAUGAAGUUAUCUGUGUUAUGUUUCUGGACUAUCACCUAUCACUUGCACUUGUCUUUGAAGUGUCAAGUCAUGAGAUGCCUCUUAGGUGCUUUUCUGGCUGUAGGGCAUAAAGUUAUUGUUCUUGUGACCUUUGUGAAAGAGUUUGACAAAAUUUCCCGAUCUGUGGAAUAAAAAAAGACUUUACCUUUCAGCAGGGGUCUUAAAAAACUUUGGGCUAAAUUUUAUUUGACUUGUCUUCCAGGUAAAUCCAAUAUAAGAGGUCAUAGAAGUUUACUGGUAGAGUGAUGUCAUGACUCAAGACUGAAAUCUUGAGUUUAUAAAGCCUAUGAGUUCACACUCUUUCAGACAGGUCUGAACUCUGUGCAAUGUUCUCAGAGAGAACUUGGCCCACUUGGUUUAUGUGAUUUAAGGCGCUGCUACUACAUAAAGAGUUCGGAGAGGAAACCGAGGCUGCCUUGGAGAUUUACAACAAGUAGCAGUUUAAAAGACAUUAAAUUAAAGAAAUCUAGUUGUGUCUUACUGCUCCUUACUGUUGCUUUUCAUCAAGAUGCCUGCAGCUACUGCUGUUAUUUAACAUUCUCACGUUGUUAAGCCCCAGUGAUGCUAAUGGGUUUUGCAGUUGUGCACUUUGCUGGAGUCUUACAGCUGGAUUCUCCAAGAAGCUCCACAUAUUUAUAAAUGCUGCGUCCCAUUUACCCUUCUUUGAACUUGCUGUGGCAUAUUGGUGUCAGUAAGGAAGGGCUGGCUAGUAUUAAGACAUAUGCCCUUUCUUUCCAAAGAGAGAUUCUUGCCAAGGGCUUGCAGACCUCCAUCUCUGUAUAGUCAAGCUCCUAUUCUGUCACCAUCUGUGUAAUCUGGAAGCACAGUGCCAUACUGUCAAUAUAAAGGAAAUGGGAGUUGAAAUCACAACUGCUAAGUAAGAUUUCCCUGAACUUUGGGAAGGUGCCAGUUGUCCUGGAAAAGAUUUUUAUCAUGUGUGUUUGUUGCUGGGUAAUUAUUGCUUGCAAAACCACCCGCUGUUUGGCAAGUAAGAAAAGCACAGCUCAAAUACAUGACCAUGACAAGACUUUUGCAAAGCCCUUAUUAUAUUGCAAAUGUUUUUCUGUAGGUAGAACUAUCAAGGAAAUCAAAUAUGAGUUCCACAUGCUGGUGAUACAAAUGGUUUGGGUUUGGGUGCUAGAAGAAAGCACCGCAGAAUGAAAGGUGGAAAUGUUCCAUGCUAAGAAUGGUCUGACAUGGAAAAGCAAGUUCAUUCAGUGGCCAGAAGAGCCCAAGUGAAUCAGUUCGUAAAUAGUGUCAGUGAAUAGCCUUGUAGUCUCCCCCAGCUCUGAAGCUGAAACUCUGAGGGCUUUGCAAAACUUGUUGUAGUAGUAACUGGCUUGUCUUGCACUGCUCAGAUGAGGCAGACUUCAUACAAAUUUUUGUGUAGAAAAGCAAGAGAGAAUGUUAAGCGAAGGGAAUUGCUAGGAAAUGUGGAUAUAAGAAGUCUAAGCCAAGAAACUGCAAAAGCAAAGGUAUGAAUGAAAUAAUGAGCUCUCAUAAAAAUGGAUAUUGUCUAUGAAAAUGAAGCUCACUGUCUGGUAAAGUGAUUAAAAGAUGAAGGAGUAUGAGUAGCAAAUGACCAAAAUGAGUUGCUAGUUUAAAUUUGUACAGAAUCUAGCUUAAGGAGAGAUUUGCUUUACUGGUUUAUUUACAUUAUUAUCCUAAAUGUUUUAGAUAACUGAAAAGAAAAUGAUCCUUGUAACUUUUUUUUUUUAUAUAUAAAUGCUAUGCUUGCUGCUACGUAAAGCUUUAGUGGGUAAUGCUGCAAAGAGAUGAUGGCCACCUAGAUGAUUUGCUCAGAAUUCCCACUGGAAUGCAAGAAGUGUGUUCCAAGGCCUGGCUCACGUUUCUUUCUCUAUCCUAUAAAUUGUGGUUUCUUGUCAUGAAGAUACCUUGUGCUUGUUUAAUGGUCAAAACUGUAAAAUUGUCAUGAAAGAGGAAGACUUGAGAGCUAGACAGUUUUCUUGAAGACAAACAAGCUGUGGAAGUCAUCUGAUUUACAGCAAUUUCUGAAUCAGCUACUAUGGGUGUCUGGCUUCUCUUGCAUUUUACAGGAAGCAGGAGCUUCAGAGGUGGCUUCCAAGAGGGAAAUCUCCACUCAGGUGGCAUGUGAGUAAAGAAUGUCACCCGUGGUAUUGCCCAGAGGGGUUCAGUUGAAGUGUAGUGGUCCUUUAUAAUAAACAGCCCUUUUUAUUACAGUAGAGCACUCCUUUUGCCCCUUUUCACAUUAAAGUGGUUUCCAGAACGUGACAGGUAAGGUGGUGAGAGCGCUGACUGCGGAGCUGUGGAGCCUUUGGCCCUGCAGGGUAAGCUGCUGGUGUUGGGAGAGGUGAUGCUGGGAAAGGAGCCUGCUGCUGUCGAUUUUGCCCUUGGCCAUAGCAGCUGUGAAACAACCACAGUGACAAAGUGUGGCUUGGCUGGGAGUGAAUUAAAAUGUAUGAAGCAAAUCAUCAUGACUGAAUCACAGGCAGCUUUCACUAACGGAACAAAUGCCCGGAAUCCAUCCUGGAGUGAGUACUGCUGUAUGCAGCCAUUGUGGGCAUCAAGGCAACUGUAGGCAUCUCCACUACAUGGAAAUGCAGUUCCUGGAAAUGCAAUUCCUGGCAAGCUGCAGACACUGAGACAAGUAUGUGGGCCAUAUCCUGCAACUUUUACUGCUUGUAUUCAUUAAAAGCUUCAUGUAGCAGCUGUGAUUACAUUAAUACUAAAACUAUUAACUUGCAGACAACCUCCAAGUUGGUUGGUUUGGUUUGCAACUCAAUGCAAAACAUGCAUCCAGUUCCUCUUUGAUUUAAUUCAUCUCAGCUGGAAGUGUAUAUUAUUGAAAGGGAGAAUGCACCACAAGGCAGAGGAAUGUGAUGUAGGAAGACAUAAUUAAGAUCUCAGAAUAAGGAGAACACCUUCAGGUGUUGUUAUCAAAAGUCUGGUUGUUAUCAAAACCAGACUUAAGAACAGAAGAACAAUGUAACUAUUCUCUAGGAAUUGGUAUGUUAUUAAAUCUGAAGGAGCUGAAAAUGGCUUAUUGAUGUUUUGCUGGGCAUCUUUUUCACUGGGAAUAUAUUGGUUUGUUAAGCUGAAGUGAGUAUAUUCAAGCUGCUCAAACUCCCAAAUCCAUAAAGUGGAGAAAAUUACUGAAAUUUGGCUAGAAACCAUUCUGUCUUUCCCAUCUGGAAAAGUACAAGCCAAACUCUUAAGCUUCAUAGCCAGAAACGAUCACUGAAAUGUCUCUGCAGUUACUCUCCUCAGUCAGACCAAGUUUGCCAAAAUCUGUCCUAGUCUUGAAUCUCGAGAGAAAGAGUGCUUAUAAAAACUCAGUUUGUGCCCAAAAAUGCUCUUUAGAAAACACAGCCAGCACAGGUGUAUGUUUUUUUUGCCCCCCACCGUAGUUUUUCUGUAUUUACUGCAUGAAGCAUUUGUGGUGCUCUGUGCUUGUGCUGUACUUACUGUAAUGUGACCUCUGGCUAAUAGUGUAACAACAAGCUCCCUGUAUAUGGCAGUGAUUAAGUAUAUCUGGCCUAAGUUUUGAAAAAAUAAUUGUCCCCCAAAUCAUGCUUCCUAGAGAACUUCCUUUUAUUUUUUUCCCAUGGCUCAACUUCCAUCAUCUAGAAAGUUGGUCCCUUUUCCAGUCCUGAUCUGGUUACUCAGGAUCAGUAGCUAUUUUGGUCUGCAGGAACAUUACUGUGUUAAUGUAGUCAAGGUGUUAACAGCUUCUUUCAAUGUAAAUGAGCAACAGGUGAAUCUGUGUCCUCCUUCCUGUGUGGCAAAUCUAAUUCUGCUGUAGAUGUCUUGCAAAACAGCAGAGCUCUUUAGGAUGACUAACAGUAUGUAGAAAAAAUAAGACAGUGUGAGCCCCAUCCCAGGUUCACAGUUCCAGCAGUUCUUGCAGAGGGAACAUGAAGAUAUGCAGUAUCCAAACAACUUCUAUCCAGUAACAGUUAAGUGCAGACCUGCUGACCUCUGGUAGCUUUGUUUCUAUGAUUUGCUGAAAAUUUCCAAGUGGGAAUGUUGUUUCUUCAUUCUCUGUUCCUUUUCAUUUCCCCUUGCUCAGCUACUCUAAUUGCCUUUUCUGCCUGCUGACUCAUCUUGCAAGCUGCUUCAGCUCGCUCAAAUAAGAUUUGAGAACUUUAAGUGCUCACUUGCUGCUUGCACUUUCAUUUGCACUACUUGCUCCUACAGUACUUACUGGCCAAAGACCACAGCAGCUUGAACUUCUCCUUUGUUUUUGCUACAUGUAGUCUACAUGUUUUUGCAGCGAAAAAUGCUUUUGACUAAAUGAAAAAUAGGCAUUGUGGUUAAAAACCUUCUUGUUUUGCCACGAGAAAAGAAUUUAAUGUUGCUUUUGAAUUUUCCAAUUAGCAUUACUUUUUGAAAGAGGUAUUUCUUAUUUGGUAUCCAAGGCGUGCAGUUCACUUUUGAUCUUAAUUUGCCUCUGCCACUUUUAAGAUGCUGCUAUUACCUUAAAGCCCUUAGAAACUUUGUUUCCUGUUUCUGAAAAUUGCAUGGAAUUUCAUAUGCUUCUGGCUAGGUGAUGUAUUGAGAGCUGAGAAAUAAUAACUGAUGUUGUGCUAUUAGCUGCUUGUACUGAUGUUGACUUAGCUCAGGCACAUCCGUGUACUGGCUUUGAGAACUGUGGCUUCUUAAGUUGCUUAUAUUGCAGUUCCACUCAGGAGUUUAUAGACAGAUUUUAAUCACCUGCCACUGAGCAAAAGCAGAAGGGUCUAUUGGAUAUUGUCUGAUGAAAAGAACGCUUUUGACAAAAUAUUUUGAAUGACUCUUGCAAGACUGAAGAGUUUGGAAUGAGGAAGAAAAGUGUAGGCAAAACCAAGGAAAAUGAUCCCAAAUUUUCUAGGUCUUGAUGUUGUUAUAGAGCGGUAUACUGCACAAGAAUUGCAAUAGACUUCUGCAACCAUUUGCAUCUGAUUUCUGGGUUAUCUAUUUAAUAGUGCUAAGCUUUGCACUCCUGUCAGUAGCACAGACACUUGCCUGCUCUCGAGUAAUGUCUUUGUGACCAUGUCUACUGCAGUAAAAUUCCAUCUGCUCAGUGCAUCCUCAAGUAGCCACCUUUUCCAUCAGUUCCCAGUUCCACAUUCCAGGUGCUCCAGGUAACACACAUGCACCUCACACAAAAGCUUCUACUUCAGUCCCCUUACCCAGACCAAUUCCUCCUCGGUUCUCCUUUGCCCUGGAGGCAGCUACUGCACUGCCACCCCAGAUUUCAGGGGAGUAGCCCCUGAUUUAAAGGAGUUGAGAAAUGAAUGUGAUGGUUCUCUCUCUAGCUUUGACUGAGCAACAUGUGGCUAUUCAAUACCAUGAUGGCUCUAUCAGGCAUGCUGAUCCAAAAAGUCCAUGCUACUAAUUUCCAGAGAAAAUGGAAUUUUGCAGAGCUCUCUUGCAACAAACAUAACUGUCAACAUUGUGAAUCAGCUAAGACUUAAGCCAUAAUUUGUAAUAUAAAAAUUAGAAGUGGAAUUUUCAGAAGUGAAUUACACCACUGUAACUAAUAAGAUAUUUAACAUAUGUGGAAAUAAAACUAUAACUUGUGUUACUAUUUUUAAGCUAUAUUGAUUCUUAAAUGAAUUACCGUACAAUGAAACACUGGAUCUGUUUCUCAAGGGAGAUUGAAAAUUAACAUCAUGCCAUGUUGUAAAUAAUAAUGCUGGUUUUGCAAAAAACUUUUCUUUUUCUUUUUUUUUUUUCUCCUUCAUUUUCUAACUAAACUGGAGGCAUCUAUAUAAAUAUUUCAGAAAACAGAGCAGAGGAAAAGUUACUCUGUAGAAAGUUUUCCUUGUUCUUUUCUCAUAUGGGAUGAGUUUCACUGCCUUGGUGACUGUGUUUUAAAAGCAUGUUAUAUAAUUCUCUGUAGAUACCCACAGACAGAUAUAUUUAUGGUUUUUGGAAACUUCAUGUAAUUUAGGCAUAAAACUUGAAGUGUAUUUUAUAGUUCCUCAUUAAUAAUAGUUGAGAAUUAUGUUCAUCUAAGGCAGCACACAUAAAUUCUUAAUGUUCAGACAUUCAUUAUAUGCCUGUGAUGGUUAGAAGUUGCCAUAGGAAAAUAAAAGGCAGUGAUCCCAAA